CUGGGCAGCGCUAGACACUUGUAAGUCUCGCGGUGUUUCCCGUGUUUAUCGCUAGAGAAGAAGUAUCGCGGAAGGAAAGGUUUCCUGACGGUUCACCAGGCUAAGCUAAUCAGCUAACUACAUACAACCAGCCGUCUAACCAGUAGAUAUAUCAGUUUUACCAGUUGGAUAAACAGCCGUGACGAAGUAUCAAGAUGACAGCCGCACCUUACAACUACUCCUACAUCUUCAAAUACAUCAUCAUUGGUGAUAUGGGAGUAGGGAAGUCAUGUCUUCUCCACCAGUUCACAGAGAAAAAAUUCAUGGCAGACUGUCCUCACACCAUCGGGGUGGAGUUCGGGACAAGGAUCAUGGAGGUCAAUAGUCAGAAAGUGAAGCUGCAGAUCUGGGACACGGCCGGUCAGGAGCGCUUCAGGGCCGUCACCAGGUCCUACUACAGGGGGGCCGCAGGGGCCCUCAUGGUGUACGACAUCACCAGGAGAAGUACUUAUAAUCACUUGAGCAGCUGGUUAACAGAUGCCAGGAACCUGACCAACCCCAACACAGUCAUCAUUCUGAUUGGUAACAAGGCUGACCUGGAGGCUCAGAGGGAUGUGACGUACGAGGAGGCCAAACAGUUUGCUGAAGAGAAUGGUUUGCUGUUUCUUGAGGCCAGCGCAAAAACAGGGGAGAAUGUGGAAGAGGCCUUCCUGGAAGCAGCGAAGAGGAUAUACCAGAACAUCCAAGACGGCAGUCUGGACCUGAACGCUGCUGAGUCGGGGGUCCAGCACAAACCGUCUGCUCCGCAGGGGGGCCGCCUUAACGCCGACAGCCAGCCGGCCAAAGAAGGCUGCAGCUGCUAACCACAGACAGGAACUACAGACCAAUAGAACAGACCGGUGGACGGACAGACGGAGGCAGAAAGAUACACAGGGAUCCACCAGGCACUAACAUGCUUCUUAAGAGUGCGUCAAACAGAAUUUAGGUGGAUUACGUUCAACACAGUCCAACCAACUGUUUUGACUCCAAACCUGAGGUUAGUACUCAAGACAAAGAUUCGGCCAUCCUCCACCCAAUCAGACAUCACUAGCUUUGGUUAAAUCAGGACAUCCUCAACUAGAUGGAGAACCUCUCCAGACGUCCAGUCAUUCUCAAAUUCGGAUCAGUUUUGGACAACUCUCAAAUCAGGACCCCCUGAAUCACUGUCAAAAUGACACAUGCUGGGUCUCAUUCCAGUCCCAUCACUGCCCAUUUUCAGCCCAACAUUUUCCCCCAAAAACUUGACUGCACUCAGGACCUCCCAAGUUGGAGUGCUGUUGGCCUGAGUCAUAUGAUGGUUGUCCAAAUUUCAAGAAUAUCGUGGUCACAAAAGAACACUGAUGAAAAUAUAGAUGCGAAGCCUGAAUCUGAAUCAACCAACAACCCAAAACUGGACUACACUUUAUCAAAAGGGGUCACUUAGUUUGAAAUCUGGACAUUGAAUUAGACAAAGCCUCGGAUUAUGAAAGAACUCUGGUCAAAGUCUAGAUGCCCUUACCAGCUUGCAGUCUCAAUGUUUAGCUUCCUUCAAAUGUAGACUCCCCUCGUCCCAAACACAAACAGUGGCAUGUGAGAAAAACUGAGACCGCGUUCACCCACACACAGGCUUUCUUGGCCAAAAGAUAGAUGAGAAUGGGAGAGCCCGACACCAGACAACUAUCUUCCACUAGCAUUGACCCGUCUCAAGUGAGGGUAGUCCAUCAACCUUGGUCCUAAAGAGCAAGUCACCAUAAUUCCAACUCUGGACAUUCCUAUUGACAGAUUCAGGUCCAAAUCAAGGACCACCUUCAGUUCAAAUGUAGCUAUAUAAUCGAAUCUAUAUCACCCAAAUGCCCAUCAUUGGUUGAAUCCAACUCUUAAAAACUCUUGCUUCAAAUUCAUGAAUUCUAACAGUUGCGUUAAUGUCUGCAUUCGUCCUCGGGGUUCCUUCUUCACAGAAAACAUUUCUCGCUCUGCUUGAUUUCAUACAGCAACCUCGUUGUUUCACUUGUUUCUCAUGCAUUAACUUCCAAACACUCGAUAGAUGAACCGACUGCCCUUCUGACCUCUGACCUCUGACCCAUUGCAUUUACACUGUGUCGGUAAUGUGGACGCAUUUACACUGAAGUUGCUGAUGUGGACUUUUGAAUCUGUUGUUCUUGUGGUGGAAUGCGUAUCUGGAGGUGUUCCUGUAGUGUACCAGUUCUCUUAAAUGCAGGUUAAUGGGCACUACUCCAUACUUGGAACCACUUCACUUCUUAAAUGUCCUUUGGCCUGCACUGAUUGACCCUCUAAAAGAAACGCCUGAGUUACAAACGAAAGGUCUGCCGUUAGAAAGUCACGGUGUGUCUAGAAGCAGACUGUACUAUGUUUGCGAAAAAUGUAGGAUCCAGGGUUUUUGAGUUUGUCCCAUAUUAUGUAUUAAAAGUCGACAUAUCUCUGGUUCAGUUUUGUUCAGUCUUUCUUUAACAUCUCUCGCGAGUUCCCAAACUGUAUAGAAUUGCGUUAAAGCUUCAUUGUACUUUGGUUUGAUCAUGUCUAAAUCACCUCCUUUAUUCCCAGCUUGACAGAACAUACUGGACAAGGCUUAAGAACAUGGCUAGCAUCUCCAUACGGAGUGAUUCUGCACACAUUAUAUCGGACCCAAUCUGAGAAUGACAUUCAGAAACUUGGAAGCUGCCCCGCAUAGAAUUUUAAUUGAAAGAAAAUAGAAUAAUAAUCAAGGACAUCAAAACCCUUCCUGGCCAAAUGAGACUGAAUAUUCUGUCACUAGGAACCCAGUGGAUCCCUAAAGAACUCUAAGAAACGUUGUUCACACAGAAACCCAAAACACAACAUCCCUAAUCUCUACUUUUUGCAUUUUAAAAAAACAAAACAAAAAAAUUAAAUCUUUCAAUCCAAUAACCUAAGCUUAUUUAAGGUUCUUAUGUAAACCAACUGAUCUGAUGAAGGUGAUGAUGAAGAAUAAAAUGACCUACCUGAACCAGAAUGUCACUACUGGUCCUGCAGGGGGAUCCAGUUCAGGAUAGAUUUUUAUUAUUCAAAUGUUUCUUGUUCAUGUUGAUUUUUGUUUUCUAACAUGUUUUCAAUAUAUAUUUACAUUUUAUUUUCGGUGUCACAGCUCCCUCUAGUGGCCAUGCUUCGUGCCCCUCCUGGUUCAGUGUGUAUUGAGGGAAAGGUAAAACUGGAAGCAACACAGAUUUUAAUUUAUUGCUACCUUUACGUGUUUUGUAUGUUCAGUUUUCUUUUUAACGGCUCUGCAUUCCGGUUCUUAAAAGCGGAAUAAGCAGAAGAUUUGCAACCAAAACAUAUCUUAGAGACUUAUAGAGUGGUGCAGUGAUGACUUGUUUUUGAAGGCCGACCCAGAAGUAAGCAUCGCAAAGGGUUGUCUCAACAAAAAGCAAUGGGAUUUCGGCAUAUUGCAGGAAAUAAGCUCCUACCAGUGGGGUAUUUACUGCCGUGCUUUAUGUCGUUGGACAAAAUGUGAAGAUCUCUUGUUUUAACCACAGACCUUGUUUCACGUUACUAACCGCAAACACGUUCAAAAAACCAUUGACUCAAGACGAGGGAACAGGAAGUGGUAGAAGUCCUUUCCUAGGUUUAGGACUCAUUACUGCACCACUCUAUUCUGACAUUAUCUUGCCUUCCAACACAUUUUGUUUUCUUAUAAGCGUGAUCUGACGGAGCCUUGACACCCUAAAGUGCUUUCAUCAACUAAAUGAUUAAAUGUCAAAUUAAUAAAUAGGGAUUGUAGAGCGUGAUCCCGGCGCUACAUGAUCCAGUUCUCCCAGCCUAUUUAACUGCAUUGUUCAGUAAAUGUUGUUCUUUGAGAAGCAUUCCAGCACUCAUUAGCUAUAAAACACCAACAAAGUAGCUCUGCUAAACUUUAUCUUAUACUUUUUAAAUAUUUUAAAGCUGAAUUAUUUGAUUUUGUGGCUACUAGAGGGGAGAAAUAUACCAAAACAAGCCGACAGAUGCGCACACAGUAUAACAUGUAAUGUGUCAGUUGUUGGAUUCAGUGUUUUAAAAAAAUAAAUCGAUGAAUGCAGCUUUCACCUGAUAUGACUCUGCUCUUAUUGAUGGAUCAAACAUAUACACUGUAUGGAUCAGCUGGACAGAUGACAUCCUAUGAUCAGUGUCUCUCCAGCAGGGAAAACACACUGAUCAACAAUAUUCAUACUCAACAAAUGGAACUUUGAAACAUAUGAUAGCCUGAUAGCCUAAAAAUAUGAUGCUGUGUUCAUAAAUCAAAUUAAUAAAGUGAUUUCUUUUUUCUAUAUUCAGUCAAAUAAAUACCUAUAGUUAUUUUUAACCUAUUUCGCUCCCAAAUGUAUUUAAAUUUUUCCUUUUUAUUAUUGCAAACAUUUGAUUAAUUAUUUAUCUACAUUACAGUUUCUAAAAACAUUUAAUUUAAGUGUUGUGAAAUAUAUAAAUAUAACAUUAUGGUAAGGGUAAUAAAGGACAAAACAGAGAAAAUAAGUGUUUUCUCGCUUACACAAAAAUAAGCUCAAGUCACUUUAUUGCCAUGAGUGGAAUAAACUAAUAAAUACAAAAAUGUAAAUCUACAUUUUAAAGUUGCCAUGACCGCAGAAGGAAAACACAAGCAUUUAAUUAUUAAAAUAAUGUUCAAAUAUAUAUUAAAACGCAACAGCAGUGUUGUUGCAGCAUAUUCACCAUUUUCUAUGGAAAAAUGUGAGGAAAUGAAACGAAAUAAUUGAGUGUUAAAAUACCUGACUUGAGUUACAGCUGUGAGCAUCAACAACAUAAGCUACAUUUAUUUUCAUAACGAUAAAUGUACAUUUAGUUUUUAAAAUGAUAUCCUCUUGUAAAAACAACAUUAUAAAUCAUUACACUAAUCGGCCAUUCGAGGCACUGUUAUUGAAUUAAAAAAAUGUAUUUUAAAAUUCAGGAUGUUUUCAUUAGCAACAAUUCUCCACUCUUAACCCUGCAGGCCGGCUGUAAAACGCUCUGUACAUUUUAUUAUUUUUUCUGUGAUCUGUUUUAUGUCUGCCUAAGUAAAAUCAUGCUUUUAUGAUUCUUUGACUGUUUAUAUUCUAACUCCGUAAUGAUUUUCUUCAGCUGUAGCUUAUUGUACUGCCUGCCACGGUGAUUUCGUUUUUUGUAAAUAAAGUAUAUACUGUAUUUA